AUGCAUGCUGGAUCCAUCCCUGGUGUCUCUCAUGUAGAUGAAAAAUCCCUUAGCAACAUGGAGACUUUUAAUCAAAAUUCCGAGAGUCCCAGUGAGCAGCAGUAUUUCACAGACGGUGGAGAAGGAAUUGUAUUAACCACAAAGACAAUAUUCUUUAAAAAUAAUUGUGCUUGUGUUGGAGAAAAUCAUUGUGAAUGCAACAAAUAUGGAAAGUUCGACAAACACAUGUCAACUCUAAGAACACAUAAUGGAAUACAUAUUAGUGAGAAACAUUAUGAAUGUAAUAAAUGUGAAAAUUCCUUCAGGAGCAAGAAAAUUCUUAGAAGACAUAACAAAAUUGACUCAGUUGAGAGACCUCAUAUAUGUAGCAAAUGUGGAAAAUCUUUGAGGUUGAGGACAAUUUUAAAUGCACAUAAUAGAAUUCACACAGGUAGGAAACCAUACAAAUGUAACCAGUGUGAGAAGUCCUUCACUUGGAAAACUCAACUCAGUAUUCAUCAGGGAACUCAUACAGGAGAGAAAACUUAUACAUGUAACACAUGUGGAAAGUGUUUCAUGUGGAAAGCGCCAUUAAGAAUGGAUCAGAGAACUCAUACAGGAGAGAAACCUUAUAAAUGUAACACAUGUGGAAAGUCUUUUACCCAGAAAUCACACUUAAGUGUUCAUGAGAGAACAAAUUCAGGAGAGAAAUCGUAUAAAUGUAACACAUGUGGAAAGUCUUUUGUCAAGAAAUCAUACCUAAGUGUUCAUGAGAGAACACAUACAGGAGAGAAACCUUAUAAAUGUAACACAUGUGGAAGAUCUUUUGCCCGGAAAACAUACCUAAGUCUUCAUAAGAGAACACAUACAGGAGAGAAACCUUAUAAAUGUAACACAUGUGGAAGGUCUUUUGCCCAGAAAUCAUGCCUCAGUUGUCAUGAGAGAAUACAUACAGGAGAGAAGCCUUAUAAAUGUAACACAUGUGGAAAGUACUUUACCUGGAAAUCAGACCUAAGUCUUCAUGAGAGAAGACAUACAGGAGAGAAACCUUAUAAAUGUACCACAUGUGGAAAGUGUUUUACCAAGAAAUCACACCUAAGUCUUCAUGAGAGAACACAUACAGGAGAGAAACCUUAUAAAUGUAACACAUGUGGAAAGUCUUUUACCCGGAAAUCAUAUCAAAGUUUUCAUGAGAGAGCACAUAGAGGAGAGCAUCCUUAUAAAUGUAACACAUGUGGAAAGUCUUUUGUCCGGAAAUCAAGCGUUACUGUUCAUGAGAGAACACAUACAGGAGAGAAACCUUACAAAUGUACCGCAUGUGGAAAGUGUUUUACCCUGAAAUUAUACCUAAGUCUUCAUGAGAGAACACAUACAGGAGAGAAGCCUUAUAAAUGUACCACAUGUGGAAAGUAUUUUACCUGGAAAUCAGGCCUAAGUCUUCAUGAGAGAAGACAUACAGGAGAGAAACCUUAUAAAUGUACCACAUGUGGAAAGUGUUUUACCAAGAAAUCACACGUAAGUCUUCAUGAGAGAACACAUACAGGAGAGAAACCUUAUAAAUGUAACACAUGUGGAAAGUCUUUUACCCGGAAAUCAUAUCAAAGUUUUCAUGAGAGAGCACAUACAGGAGAGCAUCCUUAUAAAUGUAACACAUGUGGAAAGUCUUUUGUCCGGAAAUCAAGCGUUACUGUUCAUGAGAGAACACAUACAGGAGAGAAACCUUACAAAUGUACCACAUGUGGAAAGUGUUUUACCCUGAAAUUAUACCUAAGUCUUCAUGAGAGAACACAUACAGGUGAGAAACCGUACAAAUGUACCACAUGUGGAAAGUAUUUUACCCAGAAAUCAAGCCUUACUCUUCACGAGAGAACACAUACAGGAGAGAAACCUUAUAAAUGUAACACAUGUGGAAAGUAUUUUACCCGGAAAUCAGACCUAAGCCUUCAUGAGAGAAGACAUACAGGAGAGCAUCCUUAUAAAUGUAACACAUGUGGAAACUCUUUUGUCCAGAAAUCAAGCGUUACUGUUCACGAGAGAACACAUACAGGAGAGAAACCUUACAAAUGUAACACAUGUGGGAAGUGUUUUUCCUAG